AUGGCGGACGGAGGAGCAGCGAGUCAAGAUGAGAGUUCGGCGGCGGCGGCGGCGGCGGCAGCAGACUCGAGAAUGAACAAUCCGUCAGAAACCAGUAAAGCGUCGAUGGAGAGCGGCGAGGGCAACGCAGGCACGCAGACCAACGGUCUGGACUUCCAGAAGCAGCCCGUGCCCGUCGGGGGCGCCAUCUCGACAGCGCAGGCACAGGCCUUCCUGGGGCAUCUCCAUCAGGUUCAGCUCGCUGGGACGAGUUUACAGGCAGCCGCUCAGUCUUUAAAUGUACAGCCUAAGUCGAAUGAAGAGCCGGGGGACGCCCAGCAGCCGAGCCAGCCCUCCCAGCAGCCCUCCGUGCAGGCGGCCAUCCCCCAGCCCCAGCUCAUGCUGGCUGGGGGACAGAUAACCGGGCUGACGCUGACACCCGCGCAGCAGCAGCUCCUGCUCCAGCAGGCCCAGGCCCAGGCCCAGCUGCUGGCCGCUGCCGUCCAGCAGCACUCGGCCAGCCAGCAGCAUGGCGCCGCCGGCGCCACCAUCUCGGCCUCCGCCGCCACGCCCAUGACGCAGAUCCCCCUCUCGCAGCCCAUCCAGAUCGCACAGGACCUGCAACAGCUGCAGCAGCUACAGCAGCAGAACCUGAACCUGCAGCAGUUCGUGCUGGUGCACCCGACGGCCAGCCUGCAGCCGGCGCAGUUCAUCAUCUCCCAGACGCCCCAGGGCCAGCAGGGUCUCCUGCAAGCGCAGAAUCUUCUAACGCAACUACCUCAGCAAAGCCAAGCCAACCUCCUGCAGUCCCAGCCGAGCAUCACCCUCACCUCCCAGCCAGCAACCCCUACACGCACUAUAGCAGCAACCCCAAUCCAGACGCUUCCACAGAGCCAGUCGACACCAAAGCGUAUUGAUACCCCCAGCCUGGAGGAGCCCAGUGACCUGGAGGAGCUGGAGCAGUUUGCCAAGACCUUCAAACAGAGACGGAUCAAGCUCGGAUUCACUCAGGGCGAUGUCGGGCUCGCUAUGGGGAAACUGUACGGAAACGACUUCAGCCAGACCACCAUCUCCCGCUUCGAAGCCUUGAACCUCAGCUUUAAGAACAUGUGCAAGUUAAAGCCGCUUUUGGAGAAGUGGCUGAAUGAUGCAGAGAACCUCUCCUCCGACUCGACCGUCUCCAGCCCCAGUGCCCUGAACUCCCCAGGCCAGGGCAUCGAGGGCUUGAACCGAAGGAGGAAGAAACGCACCAGCAUAGAGACCAACAUCCGCGUGGCCUUAGAGAAGAGUUUCGAGGAGAACCAAAAGCCUACCUCGGAGGAGAUCACCAUGAUCGCCGAGCAGCUCAACAUGGAGAAGGAGGUGAUUCGGGUUUGGUUCUGCAACCGCCGCCAGAAAGAGAAAAGAAUCAACCCGCCGGGCGGUGGCGCCAGCAGCUCCCCCAUCAAGGCCGUUUUCCCCGGCCCCACCCCGCUGGUGGCCACCACGCCCAGCCUCGUGGCGAGCAGCACAGCCAGCACCCUCACCGUGAACCCCGUGCUCCCCCUGACCAGCCCCACCACCGUCACCAACCUCUCCGUCACAGGCACGACGGACGCCGCCGCCGCCACCCACGCGGCCACCGUGAUCUCCACGGCGCCCCCCGCCCCCGCCGCCGCCGCCGCCGCCGCCGCGUCCCCGUCCCUGAGCCCGUCCCCGUCGGCCGCCGCCGCCGAGGCGUCCAGCGCCGGCGAGACGGGCGCGACGCAGACCACGCCGGCCGCGCUGGCCUCGCCGCUGGCGGGCAGCCAGGUGAUGGUGACGGCGUCGGGGCUGCCGGGCGCCGCGCCGCUGCCCGCCAACGCCAGCCUGGCCGCCAUGGCCGCCGCCGCGGGCCUGAGCCCGGGCCUCGUGGCGCCCUCGCAGUUCGCCGCCGGCGGCGCGCUCCUCAGCCUCGGCCCCGGGACCCUGGGCGGCGCCCUCAGCCCCGCGCUCAUGAGCAACAGCGCGCUGGCCACCAUCCAAGCCGCGUCCGCUUCGGGGCUGGAGAAGCCCUGGAAGCCCCUAGAAGGCUCUGGCCUCGGGGCGCAGCUCCGGGCGAGGGAUAAUUUUAGUGAUCACGAUCACAAUCAUCCUGUUGUUCGUCGAUUGACGCCGCCGGCAACCUGGUCUUCGCCAACGCGGGGCGCGGCGCCCAACAUCGUGACGGCGCCGCUGUUCCUCAACCCCCAGAACCUGUCUCUGCUCACCAGCAACCCCGUCAGCCUCGUCUCGGCCGCCGCCGCCGCCGCCGCGCCCGGGGGCUCGGGGCCCGCCGCCAGCCUGCACGCGCCCGCCAGCGCGGCCGAGUCGGCGCCCAGCGCGCUCUUCGCGGGCGCGCCCGCCGGCGGGGCCGCGCCCGCCGCCACCACCGCCGCCCCCAAGGCGCAGUGA